UCCCUUCCUCAGGGCCGGGCGGGAGCAGGCGCCGGUCCCUUCCUCAGGGCCGGGCGGGAGCGCAGAGGCCAUGGCCCGGCCGGCCCCGUUACCUUUGACGUUUGAGGAUGUUGCUGUUUAUUUCUCCGAGCGAGAGUGGCAGAAUCUGGAGGCCUGGCAGAAGGACCUUUACAAGCACGUAAUGAGAGCCAAUUAUGAGACUCUUGCUUCCCUAGGUGGUGGAAUUCCCAAACCGGAACUAAUAUCCUGGAUUGAACAGGGCAGAGAGCCCUUCAGGAAUUGGGGAGAAUCCCAGAAAUCUGAAAACAUAAUUUGUUCCUCCACUAAUAUGCAUUUUGAUGCAGUUUUUGAAGGACAGCUGUUUCGGGUUUCAGGGUGCUGGCAAGCUGUGAAGGCAGAAGAAAGUCAAGGGCGUUUCCGUCGAGAACCUCCGCACAGCCAGUAUUCCUUUGGAGCCUUACUAGGAAAAGGGGAAGAGGGGUCCUUCCCACCUGACUCCAUUGACACCUUCAGGAGAUCCCACGGAAGCGACAUCUCGGGGCCACCUCCAACCGCCCACAGCUCCAGGGAGGUGCCUAGAAGGGACCGAGCCCCAGGCUACGUGUGCGGGGAGAAGCAACGUGGGCAGAGCCUUGCAGGGGUGGGCACGCAGGCCAGGUGGUGUCGGCUAGGGAGUGGCCCGGCCUUUCCCCUGGAGCUGGGUCUGCAGCGGCCUCUGGCUACGUCUGUGUGGGAAGCCCCAGCCCGGUGCCCGGAGGCAGCUGUGCACUCCGGCCCCCACGGGCCCCGGGCUGAGAGUUCCAGGCUAGUCCCCCAGCGUGGCCCACGCUUUCCACAGAGACAGGCCUCCUGGCAGGGGCACCCAAGGCCGGCGGCCGCUGAAGGGGCUGUGCCCCCGGGGCUAUGCCUGGGGAAGGAGAUAGCCUGGGAUACUGGCGCAGGCACGAGGCGGGACUCGGACGUGUCCUCAUCUUGCAAGGAUUGUGGCCGCGGGCUUCCUGGGACAAGCAGACCGCCGGGGCUCGGCCAAGCCCGCAGCAUGGACAAGGCCGCCUGUUGUGCGGCCUGUGUCAGGAACAUGCACCCGAGGGCACAGCGUCCUGGCUCUGGCGACAGGCCGCUCCUGGGCCCUGAGUAUGACGCGCACUUCCAGCUGCGCGUCCACCGGCGGUGGUACUGGGGCCCGUGGCCCUUCUCGUGCACCCAGUGUGGCCGGGGCUUCGCCCACCGUUGCAAGCUGCGCGAGCACGAACGCGUGCACAGCGGAGAGCGGCCCUUCCAGUGCACCGAGUGCCGCAAGAGCUUCCGCCUCAAGGGCAUCCUGAAGGCCCACCAGCGCACGCACAGCGAGGAGAGGCCCUUCUCCUGCGGCCAGUGUGGCAAGGGCUUCACACGGCAGUCGAAGCUCACAGAACACCUCCGCGUGCACAGUGGGGAGAAGCCCUUUCCGUGCCCCGAGUGCGACCGCAGCUUCCGCUUGAAGGGCCAGCUGCAGAGCCACCAGCUCCUGCACACGGGGGAGCGGCCCUUCCCGUGCCCGGAGUGCGGCAAGUGCUACCGGGUGAAGGCCGACAUGAAGGCGCACCAGCGCCUGCACAGCGGCGCCAUGCCCUUCUCCUGCCAGUGUGGCAAGGGCUUUGCCAAGCAGUCCAAGCUGGUGGAACACGUCAGGACGCACACAGGCGAGAAGCCCUUCCAGUGCCCCACGUGUGACAAAAGAUUCCGCCUGAAGGCGCAGCUGCUCAGCCACCAAGGCCUGCACACGGGGGAGAGACCUUUCCACUGCCCCGAGUGCAGUAAGAACUUCCGGGAAAGGGCCCACAUGCUGAGGCACCAGCGCAUCCACAGGCCUGAGCGGCCCUUCUCCUGCGGUGACUGCGGCAAGGGCUUCAUCUAUAAGUCCAAACUGGCGGAACACGCCAGAGUGCACGCCAAGUCCACUGGUGUGCCACGUGAGCCUGAAAUUCAGAAAAGGCUCAGUCAGCUGCUUGCAAUGAUAGAGGCAGAUUGGAGUUGAGGCAGACGGAGCAGCUGACAGCCUGGGAAUCGACAGCAACACAGCCCAACCCAGCUCGUAGACAGAUUUUCUGAAAAGGGCCCUUUCUGAGCAGGAGUGUGAAUCCAAACCCACUGCAGUCGAGUCCAUUUCGACUCAGAGAGCCUAUAGGACAGAGUAGAACAUGCCCGUAGGGUUUCCAAGGCUAAAUCUGAGUAGACUGUCACAUCGUUUUCUGCAGAGUGUUGGUGGUGGUUUCAGCAAGCAGCCAAGCACUUUACCCACUGUACCAGAAAGGCUCCGUAAGAAUGUAAUAGUACUUACGAAUAUGAGAAACCACUAAGAAUUUAAAAGAUGACCACUUAUAUUUCCUAUCCAUUGAUAAAAAGAGACACUGUUACCAAGGCCCCUACCUUGGUUGAACCCAACAGGAUUGGCACCUCCCAGUAAGACUGUUCAGGCAGUCUGGAGUCACACAAGCAAAUUAAUUUUGUCAGCAGCUAGCAAAAGGAGACAGUAAGGGCUAGAACCUUCAGAGAGACUGUCUCUCCGAUUUGCCUAAGAGCCAAGUAUUUAAGGGUUUCGAGGAGGAGGGGUCUUGAUGUCUAUUCAUGAGGUUUUUUUUUUUCGGGUGGGGGGUGAAAGGGUGGAGAUUCCUGAGAAGUGGUGGGGUUAUGCAAAUAUACGUGUGCACACAGGGUUUCUUCAAGAUGGAGGUCGUUUGGUUCCGCUUGACGUAACUCAUUAUGGGAUGUGAUGCAGGCACACUGGGUCCCUUGGCCACAGUGCCACCUUCUGCAGGCACAGGAAAGACAAACAGCCGUUGCUCUUACUUCUUUUGCAUGUGCUCUGCGCCUGUGGAGUCCUGCAGGCUCUACCUCAACAGUUUAUUGGUAACAUCGUAGAACAUUUCAGUUAGUUUUACCCCACAGCUGGAGCAUUUUGCCCCACAGAGCCUGUGCAUUCCCAUCUCAUCUCCAGGUGGGUUAUGGUUGAACCAGCGCCAAUGGGUCAGGUUGUUUAUUCUACUCUCUGUCCUGCUUGACCUUUUCCCUGGCCUAUGUGCUGGGGUGGCUUAGUGGUUAAGUGCUAUGGCUGCUAACCAAAGAGUCGCCAGUUCAAAUCCGCCAGGCGCUCCUUGGAAACUCAAUGGGGCAGUUCUACUCUGUCCUAUAGGGUCCCUAUGAGUCGGAAUCGACUUGAGGGCACUGGGUUUGGUUUUGGUUUAUGUGCUGGCAGGGGCGGGCAACCAGCCCUGCUCCAGCCUAAUCCUAUCUCAACAUUUGCCCUUUUACCAUCCUAAGUAGUAAUUUUCCCCAAAAUGCUAAGCCACCUUUGAAAUCCCAGCUUGAAUUAAGACAUAGGAAGUCCCUUCAGUAUCAAGUUGGUUCUGACUCAUAGUGAUCCUAUGUAUGACAGAAGGAAACACUGCCCACUCCUGCACCAUCUGCACCACCCUCACAAUCGUUGCAAUGUUUGAACCCACUGUUGCAGCCACUGUCAAUCCAUCUCACUAAGGGUAUUCCUCUUUCUCGUUGACCCUCUACCAAGCAUGAUGUCCUCCAGGGACUGAUCCCUCCUGAUAACAUGUCCAAAGUACAUGAAACGUAGUCUCACCAUCCUUGCUUCUAAGGAGCUUUCUGAUUGUACUUCUAACAAGACAGUUUUGUUCAUUCUUUUGGCAGUCCAUGGUAUAUUCAACAUUCUUUACCAAUUCUUCAGUCUUCCUUACUGGUGGUUGCAAAUUUAUCUCCUGGACAGGUAUCUCUCCUCAGCUCCAAAUCCACAUACACAGCUGCCUACUAUAUAUCUUUAUUUAGAUGGUUCAUGGGCACCUUGAACUCAACGUGUCCCUAACUGAAAUCAUUCCUGACCCCAUUCCUACCCUACUUCCAGCCUGCCAACAUCUUGUUCCUCCUUCUGUGUUCCCUGUCUCACUGAAUGGUACCACUAGCCACCCAUUGGACUCUUUGUGCCCUUCCCCACACAUAUCUGUCAAUCACCAAUUUCCACACUGAUUUUACCUCUUAUCACUUUAGUAUGUCUACUUUUCUUUAUUCCACUGCAACCACCAACUCUCAUCUGGAUUAAAAAAAAAAAUUACUAUCAGACUAUUUCUGUUUUUCUUGAUUAUAGUUGCUUCCACUCCAUACUGCUGCCAAAGUGAUCUUAUAAAAUGCAAAUAAUAUCAUGUCUCUCAUCUGCUUAAAACCUUCACUGGCUCCUUAUUACCUUCAGGACAAAGCCUUUUAAUUAUCUGGCCCCUCCUCCUCCAGGUUGAUCCCUUGCUCUACUUCCUGUAACUAUAUAUAGCUAUACUAUUUACAUACCAUACAGUAUCACUAUGUUAUCAGCUACACUAUCACUAUGUUCAGCUAUGUCAAAUGACCUGCAUUUCUCUGAAUUCUCCCUGAUCCUAAGUCUUUGGAAGGACCCCUCUUUCAUGGAGUAUCUCUCACUAUAUAUCCCUCAUGAAGAUGGCACAGGACCAGGUAACACUUUGUUAUAUGUAACAUCAUCAUGAGUCACAGCUGACUCCUUAGCAACUAACAACAAUAUACAUCCAAGUACAUAAGUGACCUUUUUCCAUCCUUCCUGUUCCAUCUCUUCGCACGAACCAGCCUAGUCUGGACUAUCCAUCACCUCCACCCACCUAACUCAAGGUCUAAAGCAGUACUUGGCAGGAAGUUUACAGCACUAACUGUUUAUAUUGGAAGAAAAGCCACAAAUCAACAACUUCAGUUUCCACUUUAAGAAAUUAGGAGAAAAAUAAAAGUAAAGUGACAGCCAGAGUAAGCAGAAGAAAGGAAAUAAUAAACAUCAGAGAAAAAAUCAAAGAAAUGGAAAACAGAAAAAGAAUAAAGAAAAUCAAUGAAGCCAAAAGCUGGUUCUCUGAGAAGAUCAAAAAAAUUUAUAAACCUCUAGCCAGGCUAAUCAGAAAAAAGGAGACACAAGCAAUCAACAUCAGAAAUGAGAGAGGUGAAAUUAUUACAGAUCCUAUAUUCAUUUAAAGUAAAAUAAUAUUGUGAACAACUUUUUAUGCCAAUAAAUUUGACAGUUUAUAUAAGUGGGCAAAUUUCAACUAACUAGCAAAGCUCUCUCAAGAAAAAGUAGAUGUAUAUGUGUUGCUGUUGUCAGGUGCCAUCGAGUUGGCUCUGACUCAUAGUGACCCUCUGUACAACAGAACGAAACACCGCCUGGUCCUGUGCCAUCCGCACAAAUCAUUGUUAUCCUUGAGCCCAUCCUUGCAGCCACUGUGUCAGUCCAUCUCAUUGAGGGUCUUCCUCUUUCUUGCUGACCUUCUACUUUACCAAACAUGAAGUUCUACUCCAGGGACUGAUCACUCCUGAUAACACAUCCAAAGUAUAUGAAACAUAAUCUAGCCAUCUUUGCUUCUAAGUUGCGUUCUGGCUGUACUUCUUUCAAGACAGAUUUGUUCAUCCUUUUGUCAGUCCAUGGUAUAUUUAAUAUUCGUCACCAACACCAUAACUUAAAGGUGUCAGUUCUUCAGUUUUCUUUAUUCAUUGUCCAGCUUUUGCAUGCAUAUGAGGUGAGUAAAAACACCACGGCUUGGGUCAGGGACACCUUAAUUUUCAAGGUGACAUCUUUGCUUUUAACACUUUAAAAAAGUCUUUUGCAGCAGAUUUGCCCAGUGCAAUGCAUCUUUUGAUUUCUUGACUGCUGCUUCCAUGGGUGUUGAUUGUGGAUCCAAGUAAAAUGAAAUCCUUGACAACUUCAAUCUUUUCUCCAUUUAUCAUGAUGUCACAUACUGGCCCAAUUGAGAGGAUUUUUAUUUUCUUUAUGUUGAGGUAUAAUCCAUACUAAAGGCUGUGGUCUUUGACGUUCAUCAGUAAUUUCUUCAAAUCCUCUUCAUUUUCAGUAAGUGUGAUAGUUAAGAUUGUGUGUCAACUUGGCUGGGCCAUGAUUCUCAGCAUUUUGGCAGCUGUACAAUGUCGUGAUCGUUUCCCUGUCAAAAUUUGAUAUGUGAUCACUCCUAUAAUGGAAUCUGCUGAGUGGUACUGGUGGGGGUGGGGCCUGUGGCAGCUCACUGCCCCCCUCAGCCUUCAUUUCUUCACCUUCUGCCACCUACUUUCUUCCUGCUUGCUUUAUAAAGGUUGUUGGCUUGUUCUGGAUCCAGCAGCUGUCUCUUGUCUGACCUCUGGUUCUUGGGACUUGAGCUAGCAGCUUACCUGUCCAUCUUGGGAUUCGCCCAUCUUCAUGGCCUGUGAGCAAGAGUCCUCCUGGAUCUGCCUGUCUUGGGUUCGCCAGCCCCUGCAGCUAAGUGACUCAGCAGAAACCUUUUGGUCUUGCCUGCCAACCUUGGGGAUUCCUCAACCAUCACAACCUGUGAGCAGGAGCCCUGCUGUCUGACCUGCUCAUCUUGGGUUCACCAGCUUCUGUGGCUCCGUGAAUUGGGAAAGGACUCUGUCCUGAUCCAAGGACUUGGGACUUUCCAACCCUUGCAAUCGUGUGAGCUGUUUCCUUGAUAUAAAUCUCUAUAUAUUUAUAAGCAUUACUGGUUUUGCGUCUCUAGAGAACCCAGCCUAAGACAGCAAGCAAGUUUGUGUCAUCUGCAUAGCACAGGUUGUUAAUGGCUCUUCCUCCAAUCCUAAUGCCUUGUUCUUCUUCAUAUAGUCCAGCUUUUGGGGUUAUUUGUUCAGCAUACAGACCAAGUAUGGUGAAAGGAUACAAUGCUGAUGCACACCUUUCCUGACUUUAAACCACACAGUAUCCCCUUGUUCUGUUGGAACAACUGCCUCUUGAUCUAUGUACAGUUUCCUCAUGAGCACAAUUAAGUGUUCUGGAAUUCCCAUUCUUCCCAGUGUUAUCCAUAAUGUGUUAUGAUCCACAUAGUCGAAUGCCUUUGCAUAGUUAAUUAAACACAGGUAAACAUCUUUCUGGUAUUCUCUGCUUUCAGCCAGGAUCCCUCUGACAUCAGCAACGAUAUCCCUGGUUCCACGUCCUCUUCUGAAACCAGCUUGAAUUUAUGGCAGUUCCCUGUUGAUGUACUGCUUCAGCCACUUUUAAAUGAUCUUCAGCAAAAUUUUACUUGUGUGUGAUAUUAAUGAAAUUGUUCAGUUGGAUCACCUUUUUUUCGAAUAGGCAUAAAUAUGGAUCUCUUCCAGUCAGGUGGCCAAGUAGCCAUCUUUCAAGUUUCUUGGUAUAGACAAGUGAGCACUUCCAGCACUGCAUCUGUUUGUUGAGACAUCUCAACUGGUAUUCCAUCAAUUCCUGAAGCCUUGUUUUUCACCAAUGCUUUCAGUGCAGAGUGGACCACUUCCUUCAUUACCAUCAGUUCUUGAUUAUAUACUAGCUCCUGAAAUGGAUGAACAUUGACCAAUUCUUUUUGGUACAGUGACUCUGUAUAUGCCGUCUUCUUUUGAUGCUUCCUGCAUUUUCCCUAUAGAAUCCAUCAAUAUCACAACUAGAGGCUUGAAUUUUUUUCUUCAAGUUGGUUUAAUAUUUAAAAAAUCAAUGUAAUGAGCCAUAUUAACAGACUAGAAAACUCUAUGAUCAUCUCAAUAGAUGCAUAAAAUUGAUUUGAUAAAAUCCAACAUCUAUUCCUCUUAAAGGAAACCCGGUAGCGUAGUGGUUAAGAGCUACAGCUGCUAACCAAAAGGUCAGCAGUUCAAAUCCACCAGGCGCUCUUUGGAAACUCUAUGGAGCUCUUCUGCUCUUUCCUAUAGGGUCGCUAUGAGUCAGGACCGACUCAGCAAUGGGUUUUGGUUUAUUGCUGUUAAAAACUUUAAGGAAGUUAGAAAAAUAAGGGAACUUCUUCAACCUGAUGUGGAGCAUCUACUAAAAACCUAUAGCUAACAUCAUACAUACUACCACCUGUCAGUUUUUUGUACUGUGGUGGCUUGUGUGUUGCUGUGAUGGUGGAAGCUAUGCCACUGGUGUUUCAAAUAACCAGCAGGGUCAUCCAUGGUGCACAGAUUUUUGAAGGCUUCUGCCCCUUCUCUUUGUGCUGAAAGAGAAUUAUGUCAGAGUCACAGAAAGGUCAUCAGGACCAUUCCUGUGUUCUCUAGCAUAUAUAAGAAAUUGAUUCAUCUCACGUGAUGGAAUUCAAUAAGGUUGACCAUAAGUUUCAAAAUCCUGUAAGGUAUGCAGAUUGUGGGGUUGUCUGGUCUCAGCUGACAGCUUUCUGAACCACGUGUUCUCUCACUGUGAUGGCUGAUGUAAGUGCCAGGACUGGUAAUGACUUUGUCAAAGGUGCCCCUGGAGACAAUCUAGAUGGGGAAGAUUAUUCCCCAUAGGCCUCAUCUCCAGGGAGUGCUUUGGCGAGAGUAGAGGAAAUCAUUGUUUAAAUGACCUGUAAACUAUGCCUGACAACAGCCCUGGGGACAGCCAGGCAGGUUCAUUUAUAUCAACAAGUUUCCAAGCUGGGGUCCACUUAUACAACUGUUUAUGGAGAUCUCGGAGAUAGCAUGAAAAUAUCCCUUUCCAUUCUGAGCCUCAACACAGUGGUCUCCCAGCCUGUUUGUACACAUAACCAGAUGAGGUGAGAUUUAGGGAUAAAGAACAAGAGGCUUUCCAACUCAGUGUUUUGCUGUUGAAUGAACUUCUGCUAUACUCUAAACGCAUUUAAAAAGAACAUAUUGCUUUAAUUUCACAAAUAAUAUGAUACUGACUUCACUUAUAUAAUACUGAGUUCACAUGUGUAUUUCACAUACAUGUUGUCGUUGUUAGGUGCCGUCAAGUAGGUUCUGACUCAGCGACCUUAUGCACAACAGAACGAAACACUACCCAGUCCUGCUCCAUCCUCACAAUCAUUGUUAUGCUUGAGCUCAUUGCCGCACCCACUGUGUCAAUCCAUCUCCUUGAAGGUCUUUCUCUUUUCUGUUGACCCUCCACUCUACCAAGCAUGAUGUCCUUCUCCAGGGACUGGAGAAUACAGACAUAUUUUGGUAUAUAUUUCAUACACACACACACUGCAUUUUGAGAAGUUUCUUCCCAUACCUUGUAUCAACAAAGGGCCUUAGUAAAUUUGGUUGUAUUUGCCCCACAUCUGGGUAAAUAGGCCCUCAUUUCUCUGUUUAAAAUGAUAUUGAACUAUUUAAUAUUCUACUUUCAUAGCACUGUAAUAAAUGACUCAGUGUAUGCUCUGCCCGGUGUUAAAGUUAAUUGCAUGACUUUCUGCCUUACAAAACUUCGGGGGAGUUCUAUAAACAUUAAUUUAAUUAAAUUGAC